GCGGGUUCAGGCCGAGCGGGAGGAGGCGGAGCGGGCGGCCGGCCGGGGAGGCGCGCGCCGGUCUGCUGCGUUCCGGCCUGGCCAUGGCAGCGGCGCCCCUGAAAGUGUGCAUCGUGGGCUCGGGGAACUGGGGUUCAGCUGUUGCAAAAAUAAUUGGUGAUAAUGUCAAGAAACUUCAGAAGUUUGCCUCCACGGUCAAGAUGUGGGUCUUUGAAGAAACGGUUAAUGGGAGAAAACUGACAGACAUCAUAAAUAAUGACCAUGAAAAUGUAAAAUAUCUCCCUGGACACAAGCUGCCAGAAAACGUGGUUGCUGUUGCGAACCUCAGCGAGGCCGUGCAGGACGCAGACCUGCUGGUGUUUGUCAUCCCCCACCAGUUCAUCCACCGGAUCUGCGAAGAGAUCACGGGAAGGGUGGCCAAGGACGCGCUGGGCAUCACCCUCAUCAAGGGCAUAGACGAGGGUCCUGAGGGGCUGAAGCUCAUUUCCGACAUCAUCCGAGAGAAGAUGGGCAUUGACAUCAGCGUGUUGAUGGGAGCCAACAUUGCCAAUGAGGUGGCUGCUGGGAAAUUCUGUGAGACCACCAUCGGCAGCAAGGUAAUGGAGAACGGCCUUCUCUUCAAAGAACUUCUGCAGACUCCAAAUUUUCGAAUUACAGUGGUGGAUGACGCGGACACGGUUGAAGUGUGCGGUGCUCUGAAGAACAUCGUGGCCGUGGGAGCCGGGUUCUGCGAUGGCCUCCGCUGUGGCGACAACACCAAAGCCGCUGUCAUCCGCCUGGGGCUCAUGGAAAUGAUCGCCUUUGCCAGGAUCUUCUGCAAGGGCCAGGUGUCCACGGCCACCUUCCUGGAGAGUUGCGGCGUGGCUGAUCUGAUCACCACCUGCUAUGGGGGCCGGAACCGCAGGGUGGCCGAGGCCUUUGCCAGGACCGGAAAGACCAUCGAAGAAUUGGAGAAGGAGAUGCUGAAUGGGCAGAAGCUGCAAGGACCUCAGACUUCGGCCGAGGUGUACCGCAUACUCAAACAGAAGGGGCUGCUCGACAAGUUUCCGUUGUUCACUGCGGUGUACCAGAUCUGCUACGAAGGCAGGCCCGUUCAAGAGAUGUUGUCUUGUCUCCAGAGCCAUCCAGAGCAUAUAUAAAGUGAAUCUUGCAACCUGUCAGGGAAAGGCCUGCCGUUCCGAUCAGUCAUUUGGAUUCAGAUGGAAACCGGGACUUGGCAACAAGAUGUUUGCUUGACCGUAAUCCCAUCAUGGAUGUGUAUGAAUUUUUACAGGUUCAUUUUUGAAUUGCGAAAUGAAGUUCAUUAGCUAAGAUGUUACUGGGCAACAUCUAGACGCACAUAUAUGAACGUGUGAGUGUGUGUUCCUUUUUCAUUCUGUGGAUGUUUCUAUGAACCAAAAUUAAAGGCCCUUUUUAAAAAUCA